CUGAGGAAAAUAAGGAAAGAGAAAGGGAGAGAAACGAGAAACCCCUGGCAACAGUGAGUGAAGCAGUAAACGCAUGGACAGGCAGAGAAGUUUCUCUGUCAAGUCCUCGAAAGUCCUCGUCUUUUCCCUCACAAUCUCUUCCUCCCUCGUCUUCUUCACCUUCUUCUCCGUCUGGGCCUUCAAGAUCACCCCUCCCACCCACCCACAGAUCCACAUCCACUUCAACAUAACCUCCGUCGCUCUCGCCGUAAACCCCUUGACUGUUCAGAAACUGACCGGACUUCGUGGGAAUUUGUCGGCAGUCGGCGCGAAAGGUUCGGUUUUGAUCGAUGCCCAUCUCGAGAAGCCCGACAAUGCUUCUAGAAAUGCCUCUGGGUAUCUGAAAUUCUCAGCUCUGAGGGAGAUUCAGAAGGAUGGAAGUGACUCCGAAGUGCCGGAUGACGAAGACACUGUGCUCAAAGCACUCUCCGAGAGUGACGAUGCUUCGGGCGGUCAAAAAUUCGAAGAGCAAGUUGUGGUGGCGAAAAGCGAAGGAGUCGAGGAGGGGAGAGAGAAAGCGACUCCAUCGCAGCGAGAGGAGGGUUUAGUCAGUGUGGAGAGUGAAGCAGGGAGUUCAGGAGGUUGUGAAUUGACGAGAGGGAAGUGGGUGUACGACGAGAGCUAUCCUCUUUACACGAAUGGGUGGUGCCCUUUCAUAGACGAAGGUUUCGAUUGCGAGGGAAAUGGAAGACCAGACAAAGACUACCUGAAGUGGAGGUGGCAACCGCAGGAUUGCGACUUUCCAAGGUUCAAUGCGACGAACAUGCUGCAAUUAAUCAGAGGGAAGAGGCUAGUAUUUGUUGGGGAUUCAAUAAACAGGAACCAGUGGGAAUCCAUGUUGUGCCUGUUGAUGGGAGGCGUUCGAGAUCCGAAGAGGGUUUAUGAGACCCAUGGACGGAAAAUUACCAAAGAGAAGGGGAAUUAUAGUUUCAGAUUUGCGGAUUAUAAAUGUACAGUUGAAUUCUACGUGACUCAUUUUUUGGUUCAUGAGAGCAAGGCACGGCUUGGGAAGAAGAGGGUAAAAACUUUGAGGAUUGACACGAUGGAUCGUGGCUCAUCCAGAUGGAGAGGAGCAGAUAUUUUGGUCUUCAACACUGCCCAUUGGUGGUCCCAUUACAAAACAAAAGCCGGGAUCAAUUACUACCAAGAGGGGGGUCAAGUCCUUCCCCAGCUUGACGUUUCAACGGCCUUCAGGAAAGCGUUAAAGACCUGGGCAUCUUGGGUUGAUAGGCACAUCAAUCCGGCCAAAACGCAGGUCUUCUUUCGAAGCUCUGCACCUUCUCAUUUCAGGGGAGGUCAGUGGAACUCGGGAGGGCAUUGCCGAGAAGCCACCCGACCUCUUAAUACUUCCUCAAGUAACUGGUACUCGGAGAAGAAUGUUAUGGUUGAGGAUGUGACAAGGCAUAUGAAAACUCCUGUAACGCUGCUGAACAUAACCGGUCUGUCCGUGUACAGAGUAGACGGCCAUCCAUCUAUUUAUGGAGGAAGAACGGGGAAAGGACGCUCUUCCAACAUACAGGACUGCAGUCAUUGGUGUCUUCCUGGCGUUCCAGAUACGUGGAACGAACUUCUGUAUAUGCAUUUGCAAACUAAACUGCGCCAUACUGUCCAGUAAAAUGUAUAUCCGCUUAGUUUUUCUUAGUUCCUUUUGGGUUUUUUCUCCGGUGUAAUCUCAUUAUUAUGCUUCUGCAUUGAUGUUCCUUAUUUCUUGUAA